AUCGAUAAGCGUAAAGAAAUUGUGAUGUGGUUUGCUUUUCGCCAUCUGUUGCACGUGAAAUAGUCAUAUACAUAAAUAGAUCAUGAUACAUUUAAAAAUAUGCCAAUGGUAUACGAAUAUAUUCAAAAACAGAUUCAUGACCUUAUAACGGUAGCAUACGUUUAAACGGAAUAUUAGUUAUUUAUUUGUUCAAGCACAGAAUUCGAAUAGACGAAUUUUGCCAUACUUGCAAAGAUUGUUUGCUGACGAAUGUGUCGUAAUUGGAACGUCUAGUUUUGCGGAACGCCCGUUCGAUUAUCGGCCAAAUUAUUUUAAAACAAGUCAAAAUACACGAUUCUGAUACUUCUUCAGAUGCUUUAAAUACUUGAAACGACCGAAAUUCUCUUCUUCUCGCCUUUCUCUUUUCCUAUCAUCGAUUUUUUAACAAGAAACAUAGGUUACUCGCAUCGCUUGAAGUUCUCAUUCUAUCCAAUUUCGAUUUUAGCUAUUUACAAUAACCGGGAAAUUACUUCCCUCUGAUUUUAUAAAUAGAAUUUUAUUAAAUUCGUUAAAUUAUAGAGCACAUAUGACGAGAGUAUAGGACAACCAAUCAGAAAGUCACAGAUCGAAGAAAUAACUUAAUAGGAUGAAAGAACCAAAGGAAAACUAAGAAAAAUGAGGGACGAAAUAAUGUGAUAGAAAUGAAGUGGUUGAUGGGGGGUCGAGUAUGAUUGAGCGAUCAAGGAAGGGGAAAGAGAGCCAAAGGGUAAAGAGGAGGGGCACUGGACGAAGCAGAGUAGAAGGAGAAGAAAGGAAAAGUAAGACUGACGACGGCACGAGUGACAAUUCUGAGGUGUAUCGCUUGCAAAAGGCUUGAGGUGGCAUAAGAGGAGAAGGAUCGGUAGAUUCGGACUAGGAGAAAGUUUCCAAGUUGUUGCUCUACUGUUAACUUGGAAACGUCACGCAGCAAACGCAGCGAACACGAACAACGCGAUGGUGGAAGUUCUGGUGGAACCAUGUGGCCAAGAAGCGAUAGUAUUGGAUAAUGGUUGCAAAUUGAACGAUAAUCCGACGGAACAUUUGGUUCAAAGUGAUCGUUGCGAUUUGAUUUUGGAACAGUCGAAUCUCAGCCCGAUUCAACAGUUCUACAAUGGGCAAAGCAUCUUCAUCACUGGCGGUACUGGAUUCGUCGGCAAACUUUUAAUAGAGAAGCUUCUCCGAGAAUGUCCUGGGAUCUCGUUCAUCUAUUUGUUGGUACGUCCGAAGAAAGGGAAAGAUAUGCAUCAACGUAUCGAGGAAAUUUUUGACGAUCCGCUCUUUGGCAAAGUGAAAGAGAAGCAACCAAAAUUUCGGCAUCAAAUCGUUGCUAUAGCCGGAGAUUGCGGUCAGCCAGGUCUUGGGAUAUCUCCCGCGGACAGGCAAAUGAUUACGCGAGAAGUCUCAAUCGUCUUUCAUGUUGCGGCAACGGUCAGAUUUGACGAGAAGAUGAAACUUGCCGUACCCAUUAAUGUUCGUAGUCCAAAAGAUGUAAUGGAUCUUUGUAAGGAAAUUUCAUAUUUAAAGGCGUUCAUCCACGUGUCGACAGCAUACGCCAAUUGUACGCGAACUCAUAUCGAAGAAAAGGUGUACGAAGCACCGAUUGACGGAGACAAGUUGGCAACUAUCGUUGAAUAUAUGGAUGAGAAAUUGAUCGAGGAAAUAACUCCACGAUUAUUAGGUGCAUGGCCGAACACGUACACAUACACAAAAGCAGUAGCGGAAGGUGUCAUUGUGAAACAGGCCGGUGAUUUGCCUGUUGGAAUAUUUCGUCCCGGUAUUGUGAUAUCGACAUACCAAGAACCGGUGCGAGGAUGGAUCGACAACUUGUACGGACCAACAGGUGUUGCAGCUGGGGCUGGUACCGGGGUCUUACGAUCGAUUCAUUGCGAUGGAUCCAUAGAAGCCAAUGUUGUUCCUGGAGAUUUAACAGUAAAUGCUUUGAUAGCUUGCGCGUGGGAUGUCGCGAAUCGUCGAAAAUCUGCAACUACCAAAGAAAGGGAAAAUGGCAUACCCGUUUACAAUUAUGUUUCAAAAGAUAAUCCUAUAACAUACGAUCAAUUGAAACUUUUAUCCGAAAAAUACGGGCUUGAGUUUCCCACUAGCAGAGCUAUAUGGUACUAUAGUUUCCGAAAUAACAAACACAGGAUAAUUCACCUUAUGUACGUUUACUUGUUACACUUAUUACCGGCACUCUUGAUCGACACCGUCAUGCUCUGUUUGGGAAAACAACCGAGGAUGUUAAAAAUCUAUAAAAAGAUACACAAAUUUAUGGAUGUACUUAACUACUUUUCUAUCCACGAAUGGAAGUUUUCGAAUAAUAAUAUUAAAGAGUUACUAAAUAAGAUGACAGAGGAAGACCGUGAAAAUUUUGCAUGCGAUAUCACCGAUAUUGACUGGGACCAAUAUUUUCGGACAUAUAUACGUGGAAUUCGUAUGUAUCUCAUAAAAGAUCCGCUAGAUACUCUUCCAAAAGCACGUAUCAAGUGGCAAAGAUUAUACUGGACCCAUCAAGUGGUAAAACUAAUUCUCGGUUAUGCUCUAUUGCGAAUAUGUUGGUUAACUUUAUCUCUUCUUUUUCGAAAUUGUAUACCUCAAUUUGCGUAACAAAUAUGCUUUACGUGUGUGAUGAGAGGAAAUAAACGCGCGGUAAUGCACGCGGUAAUGCGCGUCAGAUACACAUAAAUAUGACUUCGUUCGAAGUUCGAAGUUGGCUCAGAAUUAAGUGUCGUUUUUAAAUCAAGUUCAUUGAGAUGAUCUUGGUCUCGUGUUUGUGAUCGAAAGUGAGGUUACCUUGCUGAUAUUCUAAACAGCUCGGAAGAAUAGAAAAGGAAGCAGAGAAGAAGGAAGAACACAGUGGAAAACUGACCAAAGUACUAUAUAGUUCUAUCGCCGCGUAUUCGCGUUUAUUUGAUUCGAGAUGAUCAUAAAACCACCACUUAGUAACUCCAACUUGAUAUGUAUGAACCGCGUUCAAGAAGUUUGUAAGGAAAUGAUGAAAUACAAUAUAAUUCCUUCCA